AUGUGGAAAAUGCGAUCAAUUUCACGAAAUCUUUUUAUUAAAGUAUUUACAUUGAUUAUAAUUAUUUUAUGCAUAUAUCCUUUAAAUACGAAAGCACAAAUAAGAAAAAUUUCAUAUACUGAAGUUAUAGAUUAUGGAGGCGUACCACCUCAUGUGUGGGAUGCAAGGACAUACGAUGAUGGUACGGUAGUAGUAAGAAUAAUUGGAAAUUGCAGUUAUGAAAUGUUUUCUUUAAGAAUCAUUAAUACCGAUGGAACGAUCGUUAUUAAAGAUAUUAAGUUAGAGGGAGUUCAACAAUUUAAUUAUUGCUUUAAAUAUAAAAAUAAUAAUGAUAUUAUAAAAUAUGAAUUAAUAAGGAAGAAUCAAAUUUUAGUCCUUUAUUAUAAUGCAACAGAUGUUGAUGAUGUCAAUACAUACGAAGAAUAUGGUAUUAUAAUCGAUUUUGAUGGUAAAAUAUAUGAUAAAACAUCUUUUGGAAAAUUUAAAUUUACAGAUCAAGUUGAAGUGGAAUUAAAUAUUGAUAGAGAAAAAGGAUUCAUUGUUGUAAAAUAUUCAGAAGAUGAAGCGAGUACGUGGCAACAAUAUAAAGUUGAUUCGGAUGGAAAAUUUAUAGCGUUAGCUAAAGGAGUGAUUGAUAAUAAUGUCACAAUCGAUAAUUCUGCAAUUUUUCCUACUGUUGAUGGAGAUUACGCUAUUGCAUAUUAUGAAGAUUUAACAAAUAAUAAUAAUAAUAAUAGUAUUAAUGCAAUAAAAGCAAUAGAUUCGUUAGCACCAAAAGGUGAAUUAUUUGUCGAACUUAUAGGUUAUAAUAAAAAUGGUUCAACAACUUUUUUACUUUAUCAGAAUCAAUACUCUGAAUUAAUAUAUUCAUCAGUAUUUUGCGGUUUUAAUUACGUGAGAGUUGGUCAAACUUGUUCUUUGAUAACCACCAAAUCUCGGAAUGGAAAUUAUAAUAUUAAGAUAAACUUCUUAUCAUCUGGUUCAAUUGUUUUGUCUAGUAAUAUUCAUUAUAAUUUUCCAGUAAUUAGUAAUAUGACUAUAGUAUUACGUAAUUUACCAUUUGGUGGUUAUUUAGUUUCAAGUAGUACGAAAGCUCAAAAUUUUCUAUAUAUUUUUUUAUUUACUGAAAAUGGUACAAGUAUAUCUUUACAAUCUAAUAUAGUGGGUAAUUAUUUAAUAUUACCAAAUAAUACUGUUUUGUUCUCCAGGAUUGGAAUGAAUAGUAAUUCUUAUAAUUCUUGGAAUUUCGAUGUGAUUGACGUUCCUAAAUCUGUAGAUGAUAACGGAUAUUUAAAUGCAAAUAUAAUAUCAACAUAUCCUGAGAUUAAUUCUUCAGUAGGUUUAGGUAUUAAUAAUAUUUCAAUUAAUUAUAAUCAUCCAAUAGAAUUAUCAGAUGGUAGAUUAUUAAUAUAUCAACUAUUAGACGAUCAAACAAUUUUAUUACGUCAAAAUAUAUCUUGUACUGAUGAUAAUUCAAAAUGCAAGAUAUUUAAUAAUAAUAAAAAUGUUAUCAUACAAAUAUUUAGGUUUACUUUUGGUAUAAGUGGAAAUUACUUUAUCAAAAUUGAAAACAAUUUUGUUAAGGAUAUAACUUAUAAAGAACCUUUAUUAGGCGUUGGGGCACAUAUUUGGAAAUUUAAUUUUAUAAAUGAAAAAGAAUAUGAUAUUACUCGUUCAACAUCUGGUUUAGUUCGAUUAACCGUACCUGGAACAAAAUAUUUUCAAAAUUUAUCAAUUAGUGAUCAAGAUCAAUUUGUUGAUCAAUUAUUGAAUGAUAUAGCUGAAACGGUUCAAAUACAAUUAUCUCGUCUAAGUAAAAGUAAUGUAAACCAAAUUGAUCCCAGUUCAAAUCAAAAACAGCUUUUGAUCUCUAUAUUUAUUGAGGAAACUAAAAAUCAAGAUGAAAAAGACGUUAACACUAUAAUAAGAGAUAUUAAUGACGCAAUUAUAUAUAAAGAUCAAACUCUUAUUGGAAUGGGUGAUUCUACCACAUAUUUGGACUCCAAUUAUGGUUUUGUCCCUGCACGGGAAAACAUGAGACCAGAAUUUUUUCAUUGGUUUACGAAAAAUUUUAGACUUGCAAGUGUAUUUACAGUAUUAUCAGGGGCCAAUGUUGAAAUCUUAAGUAUUUUAGGAUCAAACUUGGCGGGAUUAAAAAUCUUUCAAGCUCCAUUUUCCAAUUCCGCUAAAUCAAUAAUAUUUUGGGGUGGUAUUACGAACAUUUUUAUUGAAGAUAUUCCUCAAGUAAUCAUUCAGAUAUUAUUUGAAUUUAAUUCAAUAACAUAUGACAUUAUUCCAAAAUUAACUUUAUAUACUUCAGUUAUAAAUCUUACAAUUAAUAUUGUAGGAAGAUUAUAUCAAGUUAUAAGUAUUUAUUAAGAAAGUUUUAUACUUUAUUAUUAGAAAUUAUAUUGUAAGAAAAUCAUAAAUAAAUUAGUAUAAUUUUAUUAACUGUUAAGUUUAU